AUGAAGGGGCGCAACGAACGCAAAACGAAUAUCGAGCAGGUGAUGAGCGACUACCUGAUCAACUUGAGCUACCUGUACAAGAACUCUCAGUCGCAGUCCCACUCGUUGAGUGACCAUGAAAACGGCGAGGGGAAGAUGCACAGAUCGAACAGCUCCAGGGUGGAACUCAUUAAGCAGGAGGCCCUGUUCAUGGGCAAGAAGAACAACAGCAACAGCAGCGGUAACAUCAAUGGCAGCGGUAACAUCAAUGGAAGCGCCAACAUCAACAGCAGCGGAAGCAGCAGCGUCAGCACUAAUGACGAAGUCUCAUCGGAUAGCGCUAAGAGCAAGUCUAGCUACUACGACCAAAUGAUGAACGCUAUAUUCCCCCCCAGGGAGAGAGAGAUCUACCUCCACCUGAAGAAAAUACUUCAAACUCAAAAACACUUAGCAGAUGUUGAGGCAAAUGAGUACCUAUUUUGCUACCUAUUCGUAUUGGCCAUAAAAAAUAUGUUUUAUUCCAUCAUUUUGCAGAGGAAGGUGGAGCAUGAGUUGGAGCAUGGGCUGGGGCGGGAGGACCCUAUUGAGUGUAAUGAGGAGGACCCGCUUGAGUGUAAAGAGGAGGACCCGCGUGAGUGUAAAGAGGAGGACCCGAUUGAGUGUAAAGGGGAGGACCCGAUUGGGUGUAAAGGGGACGGUGAAGAUCUAGACAAAGGUGGGGAACAACCAGGAGAGGCACAACCAGGAAAAGUCGCACCAGGAGAAGCCCCACCUGGUGAAGCCCAACCUGGAGAAGCCCAACCUGGAGAAGCCCAACCUGGAGAAGCCCCACCUGGAGGAGCCCCACCUGGAGAAGCCCCACCUGGAGAAGCCCAACCCAAAAGGCCCAACUCGCAGAAGGCUCAAACGGCAGACCGACCACGAGGUGAGGAACUCCUGGAGGACAACUGCGACAAUUUCGGAAAAAACUACAUCUACCUCCUGUUCGAAACGUUGCGGAAUAACAAGUCGUACUGGUUGAUCCCGUUGAGUGUUCUAUCAUGUGGAUACCUCUACUACAAAAUGAAAGGGAGAAUAGCAGCCUACAUAAACAAUUACUACCUUAACGUAACGAAGUAUUUCACCAGUACCUUCCUCUCCCCAGGAGGUAUUAGCGAUACAGCAAUCUCCAAAGACUACAGUCAUUUUUUUCACAAUGUACAGAAGAAUAACGUUAAAACGAUCCUAUUCAACCCAUCCAAUAACACAUUCACGUAUAUGUUAAGUAAAGCAACUCUCCCCAAGUCGGGGACGAACAUAAAUCUGUUCAAUUCAAGCAAAGUGGUAUCUAAUCCAACUCCAUCCUCACAAGAAGAGACGACUAAUAUGUACACAAUUUUUUAUAAUGAUUACAUAAUGAAAUUUUUACUGAAAAAUAAAAUUUACGAAAAUGUGGAAAUAAAAUUAGAUGAAAAAACGAUGAAGUUAUCCUUUGUCGAAAUUAUUAAAAGAAAUUUAUUUGAUUUAGUUACUUACAGUCUUUCUUUGGCAACGUUUUUCUAUUUCUAUGAGAGGAAUUUGUCAUUUUCAUCACCCUUUACCAAUACAGAUUGCUCUUUGCACAGCACAAGUAAGGGUACCUCCUUGAGUGAUAUUAUCCUCAAUGAUAAGACAAAGAAGGACAUUAAAGGGGUUUUAUUUUUUCUCUUAUUUUCGAGUAUAUUUCCAGAAAAUUUCAACCUAUCUGGUUAUAACACCCUUUUAUUUACUGGAGAGACAGGAACAGGGAAGAGUCUGUUAGCCAAAGCUAUAGCGAGAGAGCUAGAUGUAGAGUUCAUUCACCUCUCAGGAUCAACCUUCAUAGAGUUAUACAUCGGAAACGGGGCAUCCAAAUUAAGGAACCACUUUAAGAGAGCCAAACGGAACUCCAGACCCGUUCUUCUGUUCAUUGAUGAGAUAGAUAGCAUUGGCUUGAGUAGAUGCAUGAACAACGAGGGGGGGAACAACGCCAACCAUGAGUACACGCAGACGUUGAACCAGCUGUUGAUAGAAAUCGAUUCUUUGCAUGAGUACAACCGGGAGCAGUUCCUCAUGGCAUCUCGCGGUCGGGAGAAAGGGGGCUUUUUUUCUACCGUCAGGAGAGCCUUCAUGGAGAUCGUCGCGCCGGGAGCGGACUCUGCAGAGGGGCGCAGCGAGUGUGCAAGCGACGACCAUGUGAAGCGGCACACCGGGGGGGAUCACGUGAAGCGGCACAUCGGGGGGGAUCCAUACAGCAGUGGUGAUCGCCACCCCAGCGGUGAUCGCUACCCCAGCGGUGAUCGCCACCCCAGCGGGCAUGGCCCCCCCCCGAGAGAACGGGACGGCUACGAAAUUAUGCAGUACUACCUAAACAACGACCUCACGCUGCAGGAGGUGGAGGAGCUGUUCAACCUGAGGAAGCACCGAGCGGGGAAAUUUAUCCUCUUUAUCGGGGCCACCAACCGGUACAAGAUGCUAGACUCCGCGCUCGUGCGAUCCAAGCGACACAAAUUCAACAGCCACUUCAACGCGCUGCACCCCGGGGCCACGGAUAAGUACGAGCACUUGUUGAAGUCGCUCAGGAAGGGGAGGUCGGGAUUAAACGCCCGGGGUGGCAAAAGUAAUGACGAUUGCGAGGCCCGCAAUGGGGAUUGGCUCGGUGACUCCCACAGUUGCUCCCACAGUGGCUCCCACACCCCCGUCGACACGCUGGCGCUGUCCGUCCUGACGACUCUGUUCAACUGCGCGGACAUAGACGAGAUAGUCCACUCGGUGCAAAUGAAAAGCCUCACGCAGAGCCACCUUUACCGAGAGGGUCACAACAUGAAUAGUGCCCUGUUUGAAGUAGUGGACUCUGCCCUUUUUAAUAAAUUCACACACGAUAAUCACGGAGAGAAGCUGAGCAUUCAGGGAAGUAAAACCGAGACGAGUGACACCAAAGGAUCGGCAAACAUCAAGUUUAGUGGUAACAACUGGUGCUCCGAUGCAGAUUACGACGAGUAUCUAUCCAAAUUUAUUCACUUCUGUAAUGAAGAAUUGGAAAGGAGGAUAAACGAUGAGGACAGCAGAAGGAAGAAGAACCACAGGAGAGAAGGACACUCUCAUGGGGAGAAACUGACAUUUGAUGACCUACUGUUUUUUAAUGACUUAAAAAAAAUGAAAAUAAAAAUUUGGCGAGACGAGGAUAUGAAUUUCCUCCUUCAGAAUGGCUUCUGUGUGAGCAAUGGUUUUUUUCCUCCCGGUAGGAGCUACCACCUCUGCCUUUUGUGGAAGUCCAUCGAAAGCUUUUACGUGACUCUCCAUUCCAGCUGCCGCCGGGCCACCACCCAGGGGUGA